GAUGAUAAGUUUCAUAGCAUGCUAUUUGUGCUAGAAAAUGUUCGCAAAAGCUAACAUGUGAUUUUUUUAUAGUUCUACCCGCAAAUUAUAAAUAUAAUCUAAGCAUAACUUAACAAUGAAAACCAAUAAGCCAAAUUAUGAAAUCAAAAUCGAAGUGUAACAUUAACUCUGAUAGUCUUAAUAUUGACGACACUAUUAGUAGUAGUACUGAUUGUUAUUUUAACAGUCAUGAAAAUCUAAGUCCUACAACUGCAACUUUAUUACCAAGAAAUUUAUUGGAUAGUCCAGUAUUUAAUGACCAAAUCAUUUUACCAUCAACUUCAUUUUUGUCAACAUCAAAGAAGAAACAAAAAAAUUCUCAUCUACAAAUACCUAUAAUGAAUUUAAAAACAGAAGAUAGUGGAUCGAAGAUUCGAUCUUUUGAUGAUGAUGAUAAUAAUAAUAAUAGUGUCAUUAGUUCUGAUGUUACUAUUUCUACAACAAAAAAUACUAAUGUCAAUCAAAGUACUGACAAAUGCUUCACGGGAUUUUAUUUAAAAACUACUUAUUCUGAUGUUAUAUUCAUUAUAAAUGAUCCAUUUAUCAUUGAAAAAUUGGUUUUACUACCAAUGACUAAAUUAUUUCUUUACUUAAUGAAAAAAAGUAAACAUAAACUUAAUGAAAAUGAGUCAAAUUAUAAUUGCAGUAAAAGUAAUACUGUUUACACAACCACUAAUAAUGAAAUAAAUGACUAUUCAUCCUUAGUAUCAUCAUCACCAUCAUCAUCAUUAUCGUCAUCGUCAUCAUCAUCAACAUCAUCAUCAUCAUCUUAUUCAUGUCAACUGAUUCAUUCUAAACGUGUAUUAAUGGAAUUAUAUGAGAACUAUAUUGAAACUUAUGGAUAUUUAAAACAUGCAAAACUAUUUAUUAAGUAUACAUUGAAAGAUUUUCCUGAUUGUGAAGAAAAAUCUAACCUUCUGAAAUUGCUUAAUAAAUAUGACAAAUCAAUAUGUGUAUUAAAUAAAUCAGAUGAAUUUUCUAUUCAACAUAAAAUUAAUAAUGAUACAUCUGAUUUUGGCUUAAAUGUUAAUAGAAUUUCAUCGGAAUAUCAGUUCCCUACAUUGUCAUCAUCAUCAUCAUCGUCAUCAUCAUCAUCAAUCUCAUCAUCCAGUACAACGUUAUGUCCUUUUCAAAGUUCAUCAUUUUCAAUAAAUGAUUAUCAUUAUCAUUAUCAUCAUCAUUAUCAACAAGAUCAAUUAUUUUCAUCAGAUUGGUCAUUAAAUAUUAUAAAUAUAUCACCAUUCGAGUUAACCAAUAAUUUAUCAGAAGUAAAUCAUUUCAAAUCAAGCUAUAUUAUACAUACAAAACCAAUUUCAGCUUAUUAUGGUGAUAAGAAACAAUUAAAUAAAGUUUCGUCAGAUAAUUCAAAAAGUAAGAACGAUUCAUUAUUCAACAUACGCUACAAAACACAAGUAUGCAGAUAUUUUCAAGAACACGAUGGUUAUUGUCCAGCUGGAGUAAGAUGCCAUUUUGCACAUGGUAUAAUAGAACUGCGAGAUCCGAAAUCUCAUCCAAAAUUUCGUAGUCAAAUAUGUCGAAACUAUUCAACCACUGGUAACUGUUCAUAUGGUGAUAAGUGCUAUUUUAAGCAUUUCAUAAAUGAUUCGAAGUCAAAAACAACAGUAACAACACCAAAAUUAGAAGUAUUCAAUGAUAAAGAAAAUCCAUCACCUGAUUCAACUAGUCAACCAAUGAAACAUCUAAUUAAUUCAACAACAAAAAAGUGAUAUUACAAUGAAAGGACAAAUAUCGAAGUAUAAACGAACCAAUGAUGAAAGAACUUAAUGAAUAAGCAAAAAAUGUUAAUAAUACUGACUUUCACCUAAUUAGUGAAGUGUAAUAAAAUCCCUAUUUUUAAUUCUUACUUGACAAUUUAAAGAUCCCUACAGAGUAUUUACAAAUAAAGAAAAAAACAUGUUUGAAUGAACAAUCAUCUUUAAUAAAUUCGUCAUUAAGUUCUUAUAUAUUAAAAGAGUUAUAGACUGAUGGUUAUAGUGUUGACCUGAAAAUUCUUCGUUUUUCAACUGCUAAUUUAAUGCACAUCAUACAUGGUGCCUAUACAAUGAAUCAUAACAAAAAGAAAAUAAAGAUAAUUGGUAAUUUAGUUGUUUUCCUCAAAUACAAAGUAAUCACUGGU